AUGGAUAAGAAGAUAGUGCGCAAAGGGCCGCUGCCUGGGGGUCGCCAGGGCGCGUCUGGAGCUGGCGCUGGACGCGGCAGCCGAGUGCGAGGAGCUGCACGGUCACCUAGCAGUCCUCCACAUCCAUCAUCCCCACCAGAAGGCUUGGUGUCGGCUGGGUCUUCUCGGACUCAGCAAGCGGCACCCACUGCUGGUGGAUCACGUCGCAUGCGUUGGUCACAAGCAAUGAAUACAAACGCACUGCGGGCGUACUUUUACUCCACCAGAGGCGGGUGCCGAUUGCUGGGCCCGCGAAGACCCUGCCGACACCAAGCCAGCUGGUGGGGAUGA